CGGUGCGAUGAGACGGCCAGCAUGUCCCAUGGAAGUUCCUUCUCAUCCCACUGCGCAGUAUCUGUAUGUACAUUCUUUUUUUUUUUUUUUUUUCCUUUUCCUUGUGGUCUGCGGUACCGGUAGUCUAUGUGUUGAGGCAGGCAAACCUUGCUUACCCUACGGACGGCUUCUUCCUCGUAUUUUCCGCACUUCCCUCCACGGACACGCGCACAAUGCUACAAGCAAGUAAGAUGGAGGGGGAAAGAAAAACAAAAAGAGUCAGCCGUUGCCACUCAUCUUCCCGGUUGGGUUGUAUUUUUGGCCUCUCAUGUCUUGGAGACAUGACUGACUUCCAAGUUCCUCCCAGAUUUUUCCCCGCCGACCUCGUGUCAGUGUGUGAGGUGGUCGACCGAGUUAGCUUUGCUUUUGCAGUAAGUGCGUGUCAGUGACUCUGUCUCUCUCUCUCUCUCUCUCUCUCUGUUAUGCCCACCGCCCUUUUUUGUUUUUUUGCUUCUUGGAACCACCCACGCUGCAUACACCUAGCUUACCAGACCCCGGGAGGCUUUACCGUCCCAUGUUUCUGACUGGUCCGAAGACGCUAACGCGCGUUGAGAUUAGGUGGACCAACAAGAACACCUAGAACAACUGGGGAACGACGGAACACAGAGCAAGCAACAACAGCACAUGGGCACCCGACACACCUCCAGCCAGGUCCUUGGAUGACUCCUCAGCCCUCGUGCCCUGCCUGUUGGCUCCAUUCUGCUCACCGCGUGUUUCCUGAACGAUGCCACAGACGCCUUUUGCGGCUUGCCAUCCGUAUCCGUACCCGACCCUCAAGAUUCCAACCCCCCAACCCUCGUCACCACGCAUCACAAAAGGCCAGAGUCGGUCCCUCUCCUUACUCGAAAAGUACGGAUAGACUUGGAGUGAUGGAGCCUUGAGCCACGCAGCAAGUGGCAGGGCACCCAUCCAUCAUUGGGCGCCUGAUCAUCUAGAUCUCUCGGUUCCAGAGUACCAGCUGUUCGCUCACAAUGUCGCCAAUGCAUGCGGGCGGGGAAACCUAGAGGACUCUUUGGGGAGAGCUUCCAGGCACCUUGCAUGGAUAUCGAAUGUAGUGACGUGUGGUACGGUAACAUUGUCGGUCGGCAGCGGGCAGAGAUGCAGCAGACUCACCACCACCACCACCACAAUCAGUGACCACAACCACAAUCUAGCGAGGGAGCAGAAAAGUCGAGAGGACCGCAAGUAUCUUAACCUUGGCACGCUUGAAUACCUGUCAACUUCGGAGGUUUACCCACACGCUAUACAAUGGAGGGACGGAUAGGUAGGCAGAGGUAGGUGCCGCUUGGGAAACGUCGGCCGCUUCGAACGGUUCCCCCACCGCUAGACAUCCUAGGGCCAGGAACGGAUACAUUGGACGUGAACCGAUGCAUCACGGCAUCUAAAUACCAAUACCUGAUCCCAAGGCGCUGGGCCGUGAAAGCGCACCAACAACCCACGGUGCCACAGUCCAAUAUCCACGCAGGCGCACACACCACCUGACGGGUUUCCUCUCCGUAUCUCUGGUCUUCACACCUUCAACUCCGGAGCUCCAUAAAAGAGUCAAGCCUCAACUAGAGAGAAGGGAGCUGCUAGGAUGUCCGGGCAAGCCACACUCAACCACCCAAGUUUUCCGUCCGGUCUUCGGCAGAUCCUGCCGGCGGUCCUGCAGGGAGAAGUCCGAUCCGGGACCUGACAGAAGCCAAAAAAUAUUACCAGUUCAUACCACACACACGCGCGCACUCACGCACCCAACCUGCAAUCCCACGCCAACAGCUGCCGCGACCAGAUCCGAGGGCAACCAUUCGCAACUCCCGGGGUCCGUUCCCCCCUCUCCCCAAUAUCCACUCCGUCGCAGCGCCGUAUUCCCGAUCCUCCUUUAAUCAUAACGCAAUUGAUAACGACGCAUAUCUAUUCCCCUCCUCCCCCCACCCCCAUGUUGGCCUCCGGUUUGCGGAAUGUAGCUCGACGGCCCGGCUGCUGCUGCUGCUGCCGAAUAUCCCCUUUCUCAGCCUUCGCCGCCGCCGCCGUCGCCGGUACUACAGCUACCGCAAGCUUCAACCUCUCCCGUCCCGUAUCCCGAUCCUUUGCUGCCGCGCGCGCAUCGCAAUCCGCAAGAAUGGCUUCAACAACGACAUCCCUCCCAAGGAUCCCUCUCUUCGAGGCCAUUUCCAGGCAUGACCCCGAGUCUACGGCUGUGAUUCACUCCUUGUCCGGCCGCCGCUUCAAGUAUGGAGAGCUCCUUGGCGACGUGCGCCGCGCGCGGAACAAGCUCUUGGAUUCAGCGGGCAAGUCAGAUCUUAAUGGCGAGCGCAUCGCAUUCUUAGUAGAGAACAGUUACGACUAUGUAGUGACCCUCCUUGCCGCCUUUGCGGCGCGGUCAAUCGCCGUACCUCUUUCUCCAGCCUUCCCUGCUGCCGAGCUUCAGUAUAUUCUAAACCAGAGCGAAGCGUCGUUGCUCGUGUCUUCGGCCAAGUUCGCCGCAAAAGCAAAGGAGGUUCUCGCUACAGAGCUCCUCUCAAGCCCGACGCAAGUCGAACUACAGAAGCACCUCGGUGGCAGCGCGCAUGAGCAAGUUGAACUGGACAGUUCCGAUGCCGACGGCGCAGGCAUGAUGCUGUACACUUCAGGCACCACCAAUCGACCGAAAGGCGUCCUUCUCCCCCAGUCCGUCCUCACGGCGCAAUCCAAAUCCCUGAUCGAAGCAUGGAACUACACCCCGGCCGACCACCUCCUCCACGUCCUCCCCCUACACCACAUUCACGGCACGGUCAAUGCUGUCCUUACGCCGUUGCUGUCAGGCUCCACGAUCGAGUUCAUGUUCCCCUUCAACGCCGACGCGGUCUGGAAGCGCCUCGCCGCGCCCUACAUCACCUCCAACGGCACAAACGGUGUAAACGGUACCAACGGGGUCAACGGGGUCAACGGGACCAAUGGCCCAAACGGGACACACAAGAACAUCGCAAAGGAGAAGAUUACCUUCUUCACCGUCGUGCCAACAGUCUACUCCCGCCUCCUCGCAACCCACAAACUCCUCCCCAUCGAUCCUGCUGAACCCACACGAGAAGCCGUCUCCCCGCGCAACAUGCGCCUCGCCAUAUCCGGCUCAGCCGCCCUCCCAACGCCCAUCAAGGAGGCCUGGAAGACUCUGUCCAAGGGCAACGUCCUCCUCGAACGCUACGGCAUGACAGAGGUCGGCAUGGCCCUCUCCUGCGGUCUCGAUUUCGCCGACCGCGUCGACGGCAGCGUUGGCUGGCCCUUGCCCGGUGUCGAAGCCCGCCUCGUCGACAUGGACACUGGCCUCGUCAUCCCUCCCGGCGAAGACGUCGACCCCAAAACGGGCCGCGAGCGCUCCGGCGAAAUCCAGCUCCGAGGUCCCACAAUCUUUAAAGAAUACUGGCGCAACCCCGAGGCGACAGCCAAGGAGUUCGUCGAAGGCGAGGACGGCAAGGGGAAGUGGUUCAAGACGGGCGACGUCGCCGUCCGGAGACCGGUCCCGAACGCCGGGCUCAACGCCGCGCAGGCGUCCUGGGCCAAGGGCGACAUGUACUUUAUCCAGGGCCGCAAGAGCGCCGACAUCAUCAAGACGGGCGGCGAAAAGGUCAGCGCCCUCGAGGUCGAGCGCGAGCUGCUCUCCCUCCCCGAGGUGGCCGAGGCCGCCGUCGUCUCCGUCCCCUCGGGCAAGUGGGGCUCCAAGGUCGGCGCCGUCGUCAUCCUCAACACGGACGUCGUCCCACACUGGUCCCCGAUGGCCAUGCGGAGGGCCCUCCGGGAUCGGCUCGUCAACUACAAGAUUCCCCAGGUGCUCAAGGUCGUAGACCACAUCCCGCGCAACGCCAUGGGCAAGAUCAACAAGAAGCAACUAGUCCAGGCCGUCUUUGAGGACCAGUUUAGCGGUGAUGAAUUGUAAGAGUACGUAGCUACUGGUGCGUGGAUACUGCUCCACUCACCUCGCAAUGUGACAUACAUAUAUACCUGUUUGACUAGGACAUGGC